UGGCAGGAUCAGAACAUAGACAACGUGAACUUGGACCUGUUCUGCGUAGAAUGCGCCAUGCACUUCCCGAGUCGCAGCGCGUACGACACGCACCGGCUCGCCCUCAAACACACACCCAGGGAACAAUACUCCUUCGAAUGCCACGUGUGCCUGAAGAAGUUCCCCAGAGACAGAACGCUGCGGCAGCAUAUAGACAUACAGCACCUCGGCCUGAGAAAACACAAGUGCAGUGUUUGCGGCAAAGUGUACGCGCGCGAGGCUAUUCUGCGACAACACAUGAACACCGCACAUGAGAAGCGCACGACGCGAGCCUCUCACGUGUGUGACGUGUGCGGGAAGGCCUUCAAGGCGAAAAGAAGUCUGACUGAGCACCUGCUCACACACCAGGGUCUCCGACCGUACCAGUGCAAGCUGUGCCCCGCCACCUUUUCCUACAAUGCUGCCCUCUACAACCACACCAACGCGAAACACCUCCAGAAGAAGAGAAGGAAACAUGGCAAAAAAGAGACGGACAGUGUACAAGAAGAUUAA